GGGGGGCACCCACCUGCAGGCCAAGGCAGAGGGGGCGGCCACUCAGCGCCAGGCCCUGGGCAGCUGGGAGGGCCCCGUCUGAGAGAGGACGCCGGCAGCUCUCGGGACCACCCAGACCCUCACCCGGUCCAGGACCCCCGGCCAGAGCUGCGCCUGGCUUCCCAGCCCCGGCUCCCCCGGGCAGGGCUGACCGGGCCAGCGGCCAGCUCCUCCCCGCCCGCCCAGGCCCUCAGCCGUCACCCCUGGGGAGCCGGUGCCUCGGGAGACAGAGCCCAUUGUCUCCAUCACAGAGGUGAUCUAGAAGCCUCCCUCCACACUGGCAUUCUAGGCUUGGGGGUGGCCCCUCCCAGUUCUAGAAGCCCCCAGGGAAAAGGACAGCAGGAGGGAACAGGGAAGGAGAAAGCCAGCGGGAGGAGAGCAGAGGCGGGGGGCCCUCUCCCCUCUCCGGUUCCAGGCCCCCGGCACCAAGGCCAGGGCCGCCUCUGUAGGUAGCUUGGUCCACAGGGUGCCAGGGGGCGGCUGCUGGACCAAGAGGUGAGACCCCUCCACGCAGCCUCCGGCGCUGUGCCCAGCACAGCCCCGGCCAAGAACAGCACCGCUCCCGCCCACUGCCCCACGCCCCGGCCCUCCAAGCCCCUAAAGCCAAGGUGGUGGCCAGCAAGGCACGGAGGGGACAGACGUGCUGUGAAGGCCUCAUGCCCCCUGGCGUGGGCCAGGGCACAGCAGACACCUGACCCCAGGCAGGAGCCCCUGUGCCCCUGCUGAGGAGGGUGUGGCCACAGCCCUGACACCCCCAGCACCUGGUCACCCGCGCACCUGUGCACAGAGCCAGCCAUGGCAGAAGAGGUGUGGGUGGGCGCCUGGAGGCCCCACCGUCCCAGGGGGCCCAUCAUGGCCCUCUACAGUAGCCCCGGGCCCAAGUACCUGAUCCCGCCCACCACAGGAUUUAUGAAGCACACACCUACCAAGCGGCGGGCGCCGGCCUACAGCUUCCGGGGGGCCCCCAUGCUCCUGGCAGAGAACUGCUCCCCAGGGCCCCGCUACAGUGUGAACCCCAAGAUCCUGAGGACUGGCAAUGACCUCGGCCCCGCCUACUCCAUCCUGGGGCGCUACCACACCAAGACCCUGCUGACUCCUGGGCCCGGCGACUACUUUCCCGAGAGAUCGGCCAAGCACGUGUUUGACGCGGCGCCCAGCCACUCCAUUUCCGCCCGCACCAAGACCUUCCGCGUGGACAGCACCCCAGGCCCGGCCGCCUACAUGCUGCCCGUGGUGAUGGGGCCCCGCGCGGUCGGGAAGGCCUCCCAGCCCUCCUUCUCCAUCAAGGGCCGCAGCAAGCUGGGCAGCUUCAGCGACGACCUGCACAAGACCCCCGGCCCCGCAGCCUACCGGCAGACCGACGUGCAGGUGACCAAGCUCAAGGCGCCGCAGUACACCAUGGCUGCCCGGGUGGAGCCCCCGGGGGACAAGACGCUCAAGCCGGGGCCGGGCGCCCACAGCCCUGAGAAGGUGACGGUCACCAAGCCCUGGGCCCCCGUGGUCACCUUCGGCAUCAAGCACUCCGACUACAUGACCCCCCUGAUCGUGGACGUGGAGUAGCCCCACUGUUGCCUCCCAGCCCCGGCCGGCCGAGGGCCGCUGCAGGGCAGAGCACCUGCUGGGACACCAGGAGCCGCUAUUUUUUCUACGCAGUCCCCCCCCCCCCGUCCCCUCCUCCCCGCUCUGCCUAAGA